CCCGUUGUCGAUCUUCUACUACAUCCGGAAUCGUUGGCCGGCCUGACGCUUGAGUCAAGAGAAAGUUAGUCUCGGUUGUCAGGCUUCCAAGUCGCCGACUACGAUAUCCUCGAGAUCUUCUACGUUCUUCUAGAGGACCUUUCCUUACAAUGUCACGACUCUCGCGGAGAAGUUAUGCGGGUUCGAUGCACGAGAGACGAGUGUCACGACAUCGAGUUUCAGAUGAAGAUCUAAUGAACUAUGUUCUGCGUGUAGCUUUACUGAGCUACAAGAUCCAGCCCAAGACUGUGGAGACGCAACCUGAGGCAGAGACUCGCGAGAGGGACUAUUCAGCCCGGAUAUCUGGCGCACUUUCGAACUCGAUAUUCUCCCUUGGUGAUCUUUUUAGAGAUGGUGCAAAGGGCGUACGCUUUCCGAAGGACCUGCUGAAAGCGCUGGAGCAGAAGUUGCAGGACAUUGCGAUGGGCAGAGAUCCUGGUUACUCUGACCAACUCAUACGGCGGACAAUGGCGGUCUUCUACGGUCAGGUAAAAGACGAGAGUUUCCGUCGGCAGAUGAAGGAGAAUCGCAAGAUCGAGGAGCUGAUCCUGAUGUUCGCGACGAACGCGACGAAUGUGCUCAAGAAAGAGCCAACGCUAGCAGGAGAUGGCUGGAAGAUCGAGUUGAACAAUCACAUUGCGCAAUUCAUCCGACUGUUGCGAGAGUGUCUGCGACAUGUGUCUCAUGUGUCUCCGGAACUGACUGUCCGACUCGAUAUGUACACUGCAAAGCUAGCACCCUCGCAGUCUACGUUCAGUGAUUCAGGUUACGACUCUGCUUCUACUUCACGCGACCGCGACUCGAUCAGUUCACAGAGACGGAUCAGCAUGAGCGUGAGGGAUAUGCCCCUCGUGCAAACCGCUGUUCGAAUAUUCAAGAUUCCUGAGAGCGAGGCGCAAAAGGAGAUCGAGGAGUUAAGCAAAUUCUGUACAGAGAAGGCAGCUCUGACAGACUUGAAGACCUGUCUCAAGAACAUCAAUGCAGGUGCGCCUUUCCCAGGUCGAAGGGAAGACUUCGAUAGCGAGGCUGCCUGGCAGUAUUGGCGUACACUGGAAACGUCACACCUUUCACAACUCAUGGUCGUUAUGGUCCAAUUUAAUCCCGAACUGGCGAAGUCGACUCCAUCAGAUGUCCCGCCGUCAACCCAAACAUCAAACGGACGACCGGGGUCGGUGUACUCGUACGCCUCACAAAGAGAUUCAUUCUAUGCUUCGUCUGCAUCACGGCAUGCAUCCAUCAGUAGCAGGCAUUCGAUCAUGUCUAACCAAUUUUCUUCAAGGAAUGCUGCUGGUGUGGAUGAGGAACUUGAGGGUGACGAUGAUCUGCCUGUGGGUCAUCAUUUCACCUUCAUUCCUCCUAAUCCACGAAAGUACUACAAGAAAUUGCUGGAGUACUGCAUUGCUGCGGAUCUCGAGGCGAUGCUUAGCCCGGCAGUUGGUGAUGACGACGAAGUGUCCUUAGGUAUCCUCUCACCUCCGCAUAUCGAGCUGAUCAACGAAUGCGCUCUAAGGUGGAGAAUCGGCCAGCCUUAUCGCGCAGCCUGUUUCUUGGAUAUCGUGAAGCAGUUUUAUGAACGCAAUGAAGUCCCUCUGGAGUGCAUACCAGAAGCUUUGCAAACCAUUGCCAAGGUCAUGCAUGAAAUCGAGUUUGACAAGUGGCCGUUACAGGAUUGCGAUUAUCUGGGGCAGAUAUACGGUGGGCUUUUCAGUAUAUUCCUGUCAUGCCUCUACCACGCCAUGGACGCCAUACCACACCUGAAACCAUCUGAAAUUGCGCCGUAUCUUCAUGUUCUCGAAGUUGUCCGGGACAGUGGUCUACUCGAGCGGUUUGAUGUCGACGUUACAGCUCGACUACAAGAUGUUCAAGACCAGAUUCGUUCCGUGUCUGCCCGUUUCUAUGAUGAGAAGAAUCGUGAACUGCAUUCCGCUCCUGGCGUAAAUCGGGCGCUGCCCUACUUGCUGAUGACAGACGAAAUCGAGAAAGCAGCGAAAUUGCUUGACAAGCGGUUUCCCGAGCCCAUCCUGGGACAUCUGGAUAUCGUCUCAUUAGUCCUUGAAGUGCAGAUACCGAUGUUCCUACAGGACCUAGAUAGUUCACGCAAGCGCCUAUUUGAAGACUCGAUGAACGGACCGACGCCGGACGUCCCUAUCCAAGACAUCUUCGCACUAUAUCGCAGAACGAAAACUUUGCUUGGAAUGUAUAAAGCUUUCGUACCAAAUGGAGACGCAGACUUCGACAUCAACGGAUUCUUUGAACCUUACGUUCAGCAAUGGCUUGUCAACACCCACGAGAAGACGACACAAUGGGUACAGGCCUUCGAGGCAGAAGGUCCAGAAGGUCACAGUUCUUCAAUUAUCGAUCUCUUCGAUUCUUUGCGCAGUCCAAUCAGUUUCCUCGAGGAGCUGGAAUGGAGCGACGAGUACCAGGAAGCGAGGUUCUUUACCAGUCUAUCCAAGACUAUCAGCAAGGCUGUUGAACAGUACUGCCGCAGUGUUGAGGAGCUUUUCAUGGCGGAGAUGUUCCCUCGACCAACGGAUUAUUUGCAACCUCAGAAAUCCUCAGCGUGGUUGGAGAAAGCAAAACAGCUGGCCAGCACUACUGAGAAGAAGCUGGAUCCGUUCACCUUCCGUCCUGAAUCAUGCGUCAAGUUGAACAAUAUUCAGGCCGCCCGUCGUCUUCUUGACAACAUGUACGCACAGGUUCAAGCUGACAAGAAAGCAGAGAUUCUUGCGCAGGCACCGCCACCUCCGCCGGAUAAGGAUGGGAAGCCCGCAGUGCAACGCUUCUUGUUCACUGCGAAGAUUGCGCUGGCAGAAGGACUAGUCCCUCUGGAUACCAGUCCUUCCACGAAGCUGGACACGUUUGUCACCCUGAGUGAUGAGCAAGGCAAUCGUCUUGCCAAAACAAGAACUAUUUACGAGACAUUGUCGCCUCGAUGGGAUGAAACCUUCGAUCUGACGGUGGAAAAGCCAUUAUGGCUAAUGGUCAGUGUUCGUGACCGAGCCCUUGUCGGCAAGCACGACACUGUUGGACGAGCGUAUAUUUGUCUCGAUCCUCGACGUUAUGGUGACUUCCUCACACAUGACCAAUGGAUGGAUCUGGAUACCCAGGGUCGAAUUCUGCUACGUAUCAGCAUGGAAGGUGAGAAGGACGAUCCGCAAUUCUACUUUGGUAGGGCAUUCCGUUCGUUGAAGAGAGCUGAGGCGGAUAUGGUUCGAGUCUUCAUCGAUAAGAUCUCUCCAUUCGUGCGACAAAGCAUUUCGCGGCCCAUCCUCAAGUCCUUGGUCAGGUCAGGAAGCGUCAGCAUAGACUAUAACAAAGCGCUCGGAAACGUUACCGCACUCUACCGCUCGGCACUAGGCAGCAACAGCUCUGAAGUGCAAAUUCCAUUGCCUUCCUCAGAAAAACCCCGAAUUCGUCCUGAAGAUCUUACAGAUGUGGAGAUCGAGCAGGCCAUUACGCCAUUGUUUGACUUCUUCGACGCCAAUCUUCCGACGCUUAACACUUACCUCAGUGACUCUGCGAAGGAUAUGGUGAUGAUCCGUGUAUGGAAGGAGAUCCUGACUGUCAUUGAGGGCCUUCUGAUCCCGCCAUUGUCAAAUAUCGAGAGUGACAUGAAGCCCUUGUCUGAUAAGGAAGUGGACAUCGCCUUCAAGUGGCUGAAGUUCUUGCGUGAUUACUUUUAUGCAGGCGGAGAAGGACCCAUUUCGCUGGAGGCCCUACAGAAUCAGAAGUAUCGCGACAUUUUGUCUAUUCGUCUCUAUUAUGAUUGGCAUACCGAUGCCCUCAUGGAGGAGUGUGUACGUAUGAUGCAGCAGAGUCUCCGCGCCUCUCCCUCUGUCAAGAAACGCGCUAAGAGCGUGUACGCCCAACGCAACCUCGGUACGAUCAAGGAUCGGAAGCGAGAGAAGCAACAAGAGAAGGAACACAACAAUGGAGAGAUUAUACUACGUAUUCUCCGUAUGCGACAUGGCACUGGUGACUUUAUUGCGCAACAACUGCAAGCAAUGACUAGCUUACAAGCAGAGCGAGAGGCUCGUGCCCAGGAGAUACAGCAAAGAAAACUACAACGACCACGACAGCAAGCCAUUCCUGAAGUACCGGAAAUUCCACCUUUACCCCCACUACCUGCCAAGGACGCAUAGACAAUCGCUGCAAAUUGGUUGUAAUUAUAAUAAGGACGGAUACCUAGGCCUGACAUUUUAUACCUAUCCUUCAUUGUUUCUUUUUGUAUUCUUUUCUCCUUCGUGGUAGUCUAUUUCCCCCCUUUCUUACGUUGCUUCGCUUAGUGUUUAUCUAUCGUGCUGAUAUCCUUUUUCUCUUCCGCAGCUGCGGAACCAUCCCCUCCCGAGACUGUCGGUGUACGAGUGGGGGUGAACGUUGACCUCCGCAACACUCGGUGUACGCGGCAGCUGCCGCAUUUGGCAGUGCUGAACAAUCGUGAGCAUG